AAGCUUUAAAGAAGUGAGCUUUUCUUUGGCCUUAUUUCAUAAGUAAGCAAAUAAAAAGCGCACCCAUAACGAAAUCAUAUUUUAAUUCAGUGUGUACCACACUCGCCAAUCGGUAGUAAAACUAUAAACAAUUAUGAAUAAUAACUCGAAUGUUUUGAAUAUUGGCACUGAGAGCACUGGAGAUUUAGAAAGCACAAAAGCUCGUAAAGAGUACUCUGUGUCUGAUUUGGAGAAGCACUUGCACAAAAUUCUACUCAAUGGCGGCCAACCAUUAACAAAUGUUUGUGAUGAAAGAUCAGUGAGAUCAUUUGCGGCGAAAGAAUUCAAGAAGAACGGAUACUACUACUACGAGUUCGGUCCGGCUGAUAAGAUAAAAGGCUGGAUGAUAAGCGGACCUGUCUGUGAUGCCAAGGGUAUUCUGGGACGAUUAAAGAAAGUGAUCGGCAAGGAGCAUUGGAUAUCCGACAACGUCGUUAAGUAUCCAAAGGAUUCGAGGAACUUCAUAAUCGAUACCGUUUUCAGCACUAUGAAUGAAGAAAGAUCAGAUAUUUACUCGUAUUUGUGUUAUCUAAAUGAAAACACUAAGAGGAGGUGAACUUUAUAACAUCGUUUAUUUGCCAUUCGC